AACGGUUAACUGGAAUUCACUUCCUACAUUGCGUCUCCAGUGGCAACGCGCAUUGCGCUUUACGGCUGGACGGAACGCUACUGACGUAAAACGCCCAUGUUACAUUACAGGGCAGAUGCUCGGCUCAGGACCAAGACAUGGCCAAAGGAAAAGCAAAGACCAGCAACAGCAGUGUUGGCACAGCCCAGCCUCGGUCCCUCAGGUCAAAGAAGAGAGAAUUUCCUAGUGAUGGACUCUCAGAGACUGGUGAUAUCCAGGCUGCUCGUCAUCAGCAUCAGGACACUGAAGGAGGUGGGACAACAGUGGAUGCCUCACUGUUACAAUGCCACCAAUCCCCUCUGCAGGAAUCUACUGUUAAAGCACUUGAAGAGGGAGAAGAGACUGCAACUACCAACAAUGACUCUCUGAAGCUAAAGGGCUUUAAAGGUCAUGGCGAUAACAAUACCAACAAGGUUGAAAAGGAUAAGGAGGAAAUGACAGCAAAGGAAUUUAACACAUCACCAUCCAAACCAUGCACGGAUCAACUCCAAGUCUUCUCAUCAAUCUCUGAAGAGGGUGAUGAUGCUGCUCUGGAGGAUCAACUGGGUGCAGAGGAGAACUCUGCCUGUCAUUUUGAGAAAAAACAAGAAGUUAGUCAAGAGGUACCCAGCAAUGUGUGCAUGACUGAUGUCAAGGAAAACGCGAAGGAGGCAGCAGCAGGGUUUCCGGCCAAAAAGAAGCGAAGGAUGGGUAUGUGUGGUCUGACAGAGAGGGAGCGCAGUCACUUUUUACAAACCAAAAAACAUGAAAACGGGCAGUAUGUACCGGACAAAGAUGGAGAGCAGAUCUUUAAUAACACAGCUGACCUUGCAGCUGAGGAAGAGAUUGUAUCGUCAAUAUCCUCCCCACUAGCAAUCCAAGAAGGCAAUGUUGCAGAGCAGGAAAAGGCAGAGAUGAACCUUCAGUCUAGUCAAUGUGGAGGGGAAGACAGGGCGGAACCUGAAGUCCAGACUGCUCCCACUGCCACAGAGGGAACUUGUGUCGAUCCAGGCUGCUCAAAGGGAAACAGUUGUGAGGUGGAGGGAGGCGAAAGGCCCGGUCCAGAGCAAACUGGUGCCCCAAAGUCAGACCUACCUGCAGUAGAGAAAGAGGAGGAGCUUUUGGGGAAUCAGUUGCAGCAGGAACAUGAGGGAGGCACUGCAGAGAUUGUAGCUGAAAAACUUCAGGAGCAAUGGAAAGCCGGGAAUGAUGGGUCAGCAGCAGUCGACCGGAGUGCUGCCAUCACCGGUUCCUCGCAGAGUGAGGAGACCGAGAAUCGUGACGCCACGGAGGCUGCUCUGCUGCAGGUGAACAGUGUGACCAGGACAAGAGGGGAAGAGUUGACUGGUGGUGAAAGGGACGGUGGCCUAGCUGAGGCAGGCGCUUCAUUCACACACGCACCGUCAGGAGGGGUCACGGCUGCGCAGCCUUUCGAGGCUCCGGUGACACCCAGUGGAUCAGACAUUAAAGACACUUGUGAUUCUGAUGGUGAGCCUGGUUCUUCUACUGUGAACGCUGAGCCCCCUCAGACCAGGGACACUUCUGACCCGUUUGGAUUUGGAUACUUGGAUUACGUUUCAGACUCGCAGCUGAACACCAUCAUUCUGACUGAGGAGGAGGUGAUGGAGAGGGAAGAAGAUCUUUGUUCCGCAGAUCAUGAAGAUGCUACAGACCUGAUCUGUGGACUCAUCAAAGAACUCUCCACUCUAAAGUAUAGAAACUCAUUAUUCCUUCAUUUAAACAUGAUCUCUUUUGGUUUUUGUUUCCUUUUGGGCCACUUAAUCACAUUUUUCUAAACUCCCCACUGUGUUCAUCCCCUCUUCUCUCUCUUCCCAGUUGAACUUUUGACUCCUAAUAUAAUUCGCCAAUUUAGUCCUGCUCACGCCCCUGCGCUCUAAUUGGCUGGAGUGUGUCAGUAGCUGUGUCAGCUGUAGACUUCUUGGCACCUUAAAGCUGUAAAUGAAAGCUUUGAUGGGGUGGAUGGUAAAUUGAUGGGGAAAUGUGGAAAAUAAUUAAAUCUAUGCUGUUUAGUAGUAGAGAAUCACAUUUUAUAGACAAAUUAAAAUCUUUCUAGGAAAAUAGGCAGACAAUCUCACUCCAGUGGCAAUAAUGACAAACUAUGGUCUUAAAAGGUUUAGUCACUCUGCUUAAAAUACUCGGUGAGUGGAAAAAAGUUAUUGAAUGAGGUUAUUUAAACUAAAUCCGCUCCUCUUCCAGUCGUAGGGUCAUGGUCAUCCACAGAGAGCUGGAGAAUCAGCGCCGCAGUAAAGGUUCAAGAGGCUGCAAACGUUGAGGAUGAUCUCACCAUUUUCAUAACUGUUUGUGGGUAAUGAAUCAACAUACGGUUCAUCUGUUGUCGUUGUUUUGUUGACUGCUGUAAUGUGCAACAGCCUAGUUUUUCAUUUUCUCCCCAAAUAAAACUGAGUGUUCAUUC